CUGCGAGCCGCGCGGGAAGAAGAUGAACGGGACGCGGGGCUGGUGUACCCUGGUGGACGUGCAGCCGGAGGGGCAGACCGCGGGCAGCGUGGACAUUCUCAGACUGACUCUCCAGAGUGAACUGACAGGAGAUGAACUUGAACACAUAGCCCAGAAGGCGGGCAGGAAGACCUAUUCCAUGGUGUCUGGCCACUCCACCAGUCAUUCUCUGGCGUCGGAACUGGUGGAGUCCAACGAUGGACAUGAGGAGAUCAUUAAGGUGUACUUGAAGGGGAAAUCGGGAGACAAGAUGAUCCAUGAGAAGAAUAUUAACCAGCUGAAGAGUGAAGUCCAGUACAUCCAGGAGGCCAGGAGCUGUCUGCAGAAGCUCCGGGAGGAUAUGAGUAGCAAGCUUGACAGGGACCCAAGAGAGUCUCCCCAUCGACAGGAGAUACAGGUGGUGCUAGAGAAGCCAAAUGGUUUUAGUCAAAGUCCCACGACCCUGUAUAGCAGCCCACCUGAGGUGGACACCUAUAUAAAUGAAGAUGUCGAGAGCUUGAGGAAGACUGUGCGGGACUUGCUUGCCAAGCUGCAAGAGGCCGAGCAGCAGCACCGGUCAGACCGUGUGACUUUUGAGGUCACACUCAGCCGAUACCAGAGAGAAGCGGAGCAGAGCCACGUGGCCCUUCAGAGAGCAGAGGACAGGGCGGAGCAGAAAGAGCUGGAAGUCAGAGAGCUGCAGAGGCGCUUGCUGGGGAUGGAGACGGAGCAUCAGGCCUUACUGGAGAAGGUCAGGGAAGGGGAAGCGGCCCUGGAGGAACUUCGGAUCAAGAAUACUGACUGCCAAGCAGAACAAGAGAAGGCUGCUAACCUGGAAAAGGAAGUGGCUGGGCUGCGGGAGAAGAUCCACCACUUGGACGACAUGCUUAAGAGCCAGCAGCGGAAAGUGCGGCAAAUGAUAGAGCAGCUCCAGAAUUCAAAAGCUGUGAUCCAGUCAAAGGACACCACCAUCCAGGAGCUCAAGGAGAAAAUGGCCUACCUGGAAGCAGAGAAUUUAGAGAUGCACGACCGGAUGGAACACCUGAUAGAGAAACAGAUCAGUCACGCCAACUUCAGCACCCAGACCUGGGCCAAGACAGACAAUGUGGGCAGCGUUAGGAUAGCCAAGCCCCCCAGCCCUAAGCCCAUGCCUCUCAUCCGAGUGGUGGAAACCUGAGCUGAGAAGGGUGCUGCUGUUGCUGCCGCCUCGCCUGGCCUCGCCUCUCUUGCCUGCGGAGAAACUCACCACCCCUGUAGGCCAUUAGCACUGACUUUGACUUUCUGACUGUUCCCUGGCUGCCCUCAGGGCUUGGGUCUGUGUACCCGCUGAUUCUGAACUCCUGUCCUGGGGAUGCUGGGUGGAUCGAGGAUGAGCGCCUCGUCUGGACACUGCAGCCCUUGGACCACAGGAUCCCACUGGCAGGAGCCAGGGCGGGACCUUCACCCCUGUAGUCACUGUUUUCUCCUAGCAGAGCCUCCCUUCCAUUGUAGACUGGAGUUCAGCUGCCCCAGGCCCUCAUCCAGGCGGGACAAGUGAAGAGAUGACAAGAUUUGCCUCAGCCCUAGAAGAUGGAGAUGCAGAUGUUCACAGUGAUUGGAGAGUGUCCUGGGGGAACAGAGUUCCUUCCAAAAACACAGCUCAGUUCUUAGCAACAAACUGUUUUUCCACUGGCUCCACCCUCAGCUCAUGCUGACCUGGGUCUCCUUCAUCUUUGACUGGCCGGCCUGUCUUUCUGGGGAGAAGGGAAUGUGCACUCGGAGUGGCUUUGAGCAGAAAGAUUGUGUAGGGCCGCAGUUAUGUGUGACUUCUCUGCUUUGAAGACUCCCAGAAUCUCUUAGGGAUUCCCCUAAGAUGCAGUACAAGGUACACCUCAGUCAUCUUGACUGACUCAGAGCCUAAAAAUGAUUUUUACUGGGUUAUAUCAAUCUCAGCGAAACUCUCAUUGUAUUUAUUUUGCUAAGUUAUUGGUGUUUUUUGCUUGUAUCUCACAACUGAUUCAGUACCUGAGUUUCACAGCCUUCUCUCGCGACGUUUGGAUUUCCUUGACAUUGGCAAAGGUGUUUCCACUGGACUUCAUUUCAGAACGACAUUGUUAUAAAUCUUUCUCUUUCCUCUACCUGCAUCUUACCCCUUCCUCCGCCACACCUGAUCUGUACCUCAGGAAUGUGGGUGUGUUUGCCCUGAGACAUCAGGUCUGGGUGUAUAUUUGGGGGAAGAGGGUGAUCCGGACUCUUGGGGAGGAACUGAAUUCUUCCCCUAAUGCCCCUGCGCCCCUCUGCUUCAUUGUGGGUCUGUUGUCCUCCUGGCUUAGAAUGACCCUGCCACACUAAUGUUUUCUUUUGGGCUCUUCCUGUAGCCUCAAGAGGGAGAAAAGCAUCAGAAUGUGGUGCUAUAGGACACAGAAAAAUUAAAAAUAAACAUAGAUUGAGUCUUUAGGUUCUGUUUGGUUCAAGACUGGAAGCCUUAAGCCUGGGUGUUUCUGCGUCACACUCUGGCUUCGUCUGUAAUGGUGUUCUGGUUCCUUCAUGCAGUUUUCUCAUUUGUAAAACCAGGGGUUCAGACUGGUUGAUUCCCAUGGGCCUUUCCAGUUCUUAUAUUUUUUUCCUGUGCUAUAUUCUUUGUAUGGUGAAUUUAAUAAAUUAUGUUAAUAUGUCU